AUGAGUAAAACUUCCUUUGCUGAGCUGCUGUAAUCCGACAGAAGCCAAGAGAGCUAAUCAGAAUCAUCAGAGUUUAAAGUUGAAUUACGGAAACAAAGGGGUAGUUAAACAGCCAAUGCCGACGCUAAACGUUACCAUAAAAUACCAUUAAAAACACAAAUUUUAUUGUUUUAGAUGGUCUUUUCAUAAGGAAAACGAAUAAAACAGGUUGCGAAAUAAUUAGGAAUGAAUUACUCAAGUGCAAAGUCUUUGAUACAUUAUUACAAAAACAACAAGAGACCAACUCCCACUGCUAUUUCUAGCAUAAUAAGCUUAAACAAAGCCUGUGGUAUUAGGAAAACGAAAUAAGGAAAUAAUAAUUUUUUCGUUGAUAUACGAAUAAAAAAAAAAAGGAUAAGGAAAUACAAUUAUUAUGUAUUUUUAACCGAAGAACAUAAUUAAAUAACCAAUUGA